AUGGCCAAGAAGAAGAACAACAAAAGUGGCGGUGAGAACAACAACAACAACGAUGUGGCUGAGAAGAAGAACGGCGAUGGAGGUGAGAAGAACAGCGGCGCUGGGGGUGAGAAGAAGAAGGAGGACGGCCCCAUCCCCAUUGUGUUGAAGGUUGACAUGCACUGUGAGGGCUGUGCUACUAAGAUUGUCAAAUGCGUCAAAGAUAUACAAGGCGUGGAGUCGGUGAAAUCUGAGUUCCAGGCGAACAAGCUGACGGUGGUCGGAAACGUGGACCCCACACAGCUCAAAGACAAGCUGGCCGCCAAGACCAAGAAGAAGGUCGACCUCGUCUCUCCCCAGCCCAAAAAGGACAACAAAGACGACGCCAAGAAAAACCAGCCUGAGAAGGGAAACGACGACAACAAAAAACCCAAAGAGGUUCCGGUGACGACGGCGGUUCUCAAGCUGAACUUGCACUGCCAGGGAUGCAUCGGGAAGAUUCAGAAGACUGUGAGCAAGACCAAAGGGUUCCAUGAUAUGAGCAUUGAUAGGCAGAAGGAUUUGGUGACGGUGAAGGGCUCAAUGGACAUGAAGGAAUUGGCUGAGACUUUGAAGGAGAAGCUCAAGAGGCCUGUUGACAUUGUGCCACCAAAGAAGGAGAAGGAGAAGGAGAAGGAGAAAGGCGAAAACAACGGCGGCGGCGGCGGCGGUGGAGAUAAGAAGAAAAAGGAGGAAGAGGGGGGCAAUGGUGGUGGAAAAAUGGAGGGGCACAAAAUGGAGUAUCCAGUGGGUCUACCCGGAUUCGGACAAGUUCCAUAUGGAAUGGUAUAUGGACCUGGAUUCGGAGCAGGAUACGGGUACCCGCCUCAUGCUCUGCCUCCUCAAACUCUGCCUCCUCAAGCUCCUUACAUGGGGAACCCACUUCAUGCACCUCAGAUGUUCAGCGAUGAGAACCCAAAUGCUUGCUCCAUAAUGUGA